AUGGAGAGUGGAUUUUUUGGCUUCAGUUCCAAAAAUGGUGCAUGGACUACUAUGAGAGAUGAUGCUGCAAAUAAACCAAAAGACCCAGUGGGGAGUUCAGGCAUGCAGUGGUCAUUUCCAAACAAGGUCUCAGUCCUUCCUCAGUUCCUGUCCUUCAAGACCAAUCAGGAAGACAGGCCUAGAAAGACUAUUCUUGAUCCACUAGCUUCAUCUGGAAUUAUGAACAUGCCAACUAAAGAGGCUUUUGAGUCUAACCAGAAACCAUUAUUGGGUGUGGCCCAGAGAAAUAUGUCCAUAGCCAAGCAUGGUGCAGGAAACAAACAGGGAGUGGCAGUUUAUCCCAUGCAAUGUUGUGAUGCACAAUCGGCAUGUCUUCAGGAAGCAAGAAUAUUUUCAGUUUCCAACCAAGCAAGAAUAUGUUCAGUCAUAAAACCACAACCUCUUGGUUCCAAACCCUCUGGCACACCUCUAUCUGUUCUUCCAUUAAGAGGUUCCAUUGUUGGAUCCACUGACUUAAGGUACUAUAAGAGUAGUUCCAAAUCCCCUGGCAUGGCUACUCAGCUGACCAUUUUCUAUGCUGGUUCCGUAUGUGUUUAUGAUGACAUAACUCCGGAGAAGGCCAAGGCUAUCAUGUUAAUGGCCGGAAAUGGGUAUACUCCAACUCAGAAAAUGGCAGUUUCCACAGCUAAAUUGCAGCCAUCAGUUUCUAUUCCCUCCAAAGAUGAUGGUUUCAUUAUGAGCCAAUGCUAUCAUCCCUCAGCCCUCCCAAGCCCUCUCCCAUUGACCUCUCAUGUCAAUUCUCAGCCAGGAGGAGGAUCUUCUAGCAACAAUGAACUUGCCAUAAUAAGACCAGUAGUAGGACCUUCAACUGCCCCUACUAAUCAUUUGGAGUCACCUAUUAUUGUUGGUUCUGUAGGAUCUUCAUCUAAGGGAAAGGCUCAACCAGUAUGCUUGCCUCAGGCACGUAAAGCAUCCUUGACUCGGUUUUUGGAGAAGAGAAAGGAAAGGAUGAUGAGCACAUCACCAUACUUUUAUAUGAGCAAGAAAUCACCUGAAUGCAGCUCAUCUGGAUCAGACAGUGUUAGUUUCUCCUUGAACUUCUCCGGAUCCUGUUCUCUACUAGCCUCCAACUAG